CUAUCCUUUUUAGUUAUUGUUUUGGUGCUUGCACGUGUUUUAAUUUACUUCGAUUAAAAAGCCAAAUACCAGCAAUGUCAGACAAAUAUGCGGUGCCCAACAAAUUGCCCGGCAAAACAGUGUCGGUGCUAAAGCAUCGCAAGAGGAGAAUUCUGCAGGAUGAAUCUGUUGUUACGCAGAAAAGAAAUGACCGCAUCAAAAAGAGAACCGCCACCAAGAAUCACCACAAAUUCCGCCGUGCCGAAUCCUUCGUAAUGGGCUACCUGAAAGCAGAGCGCACGUCCAAGCGGAUCAAGCAAACCAUUCUGCGCACCAAUGUCACCGAACAAAGUGCCAAAGCUGCCGACGAUUCCAAUCCCAAACUGCUCUUCGUGAUGCGCCAUGCGGGCAAGAAGAUCUUCGACAAGACCACCGCGGAUAUAUUCCGAACCCUGCGCAUGGGCUCGCGCCACAACGCCGUCUUCAUGGAGAACACCAAGGAGAACCAGUUGCUGCUGCGCGUUAUCGAACCCUUUGUAGUCUACGGCAAUCCCUCGCUGAGCUCCAUUCGCGAGCUGGUCUUCAAGAAGGGCUUCGCCCGCAUCGACGGCAAGAAGACGGCCAUCCAGUCGAACACCAUGGUGGAGCAACAGCUGGGCGACAAGGGUGUCAUCUGUCUGGAGGAUAUAAUCCACGAAAUUUGCACAGUGGGUCCAAACUUCGCCGCUGUAAAUGAGUUUCUGUGCGCCUUCACGUUGUCCAGUCCCAGCAAUGGUUGGCAAAAGAAGGUAUCCGUCUCGUACAAACGCGGUGGCGAGUACGGCGAUCGUGGCACUGCCAUCAACGAACUGAUUGCCCGCUGCCUGUAGAGACCCUAGCCUAGUAAACCCUUAAGUGAUUGUUCAACCUCUAUAACCCAUUCUGUAGCUAAGCCCAAUACACAUCUAUAUACAAACGUAUUCUAUUUGAGCGUACUUAUUUAACGAAGAAAAUAGAUGGUCAGGUCAGCACUAUCGUGAGUUUACUGUAUGCCUAUAAAAGCAAUCCUGCGACUAUUAAGGAACCACAUGAAACUGUCUCUAACGACAUUCCUCAUUAUUCUACAUGUUUAUCAACAUGAUAAACUUCACCCACGAAACAAGUUCUUUGCUUCUUGGCCUUGCGUGUCCCAGCCGAGUUCCCAAAUUGAACAAACCAGAGAAUCAACUUUCUGCCUCGAAUAAUAAAUAAGUCAUAACCGAGGUGGCUCCUCGCAAACGAAAGGUAUGCCAAACUGAACUACUUGUUGCCAUGAAGGAGGAACUGUUGUUUUUCGAUUAGUCGGAGUCAGUGCCACUAACCUAGUGCAACUCGGGUCGUCGUAUCUUUUGUUCGGAUAAAACUCCAGGGACUACACAUUGGAAUUCAAAAUCCUUAGAUUCAAUUAAUUCUCAAUGAAUUCAAGUUUCAACAGCGAGCAGUUGGACACCGACCGCGAUGGACUGCAAAAAAUUCUGGCCCGAUCUCUCAAGGAACCCAUUCUUGGCAAGCACUUUGCCCUGCCUGGCCGCAUAGAGCAGAGUCCACCCAUCGAACUGGACACCAGCCAGAGCUACAUUGCCGUCUACACUCAUCUCAAAGUGCACGCCACCAUGAUGCCGGAGAGAUUGCCCACGCCGGAGGCAAUCGGACGAAUACAGGCGGAGAACUUGGAGGCAGCGCCCAAGGCACGAAGUUCAAAGACCCGCUUGGAUCCCUGCUCAAAUAUAAAUUAAAUUACGUUGGGCAUCAAUAAAGAAAGUAUUGUUAUUUU